CUUUCAUUUCUCAUUGUGGGUGGGGCUAGGAUCUAUCUAAGAUAAUGCCACAUGGCAGGGUUUACCACAGAUAGAGAGAGUGUCCUGUCCUCCUGUGUGUGGUGAGGUGUACCUUCCUUUAUAUUUGCCUUGAAUAGACUGUCUUAAAAUUUAUUAAUUGACAAGUAUUAGUGCUAUUGAUGUUUUGGAGCGAGAAAGUGGGAUAGAGAUAGUGGCAGGAUUAAUUUUUUUUUUUUUACAAUAAUUGCAGUCAUAAAGUCAGGUAAUCAUCAGAUAGCUGUGUCGUGUGUGAAGUGGUGGAGUAACUGUUUCAGACAGUGUGAUUUUCAUACCAUAGUUGUUUGAUUGAGGAGGACAGGCUCUGGCUGUGUUUUUAUGAUGAAGCCUUCUCAGAGUCAGACUGCUCACACAUUGAGCAAAAGCGCUCAUGGUACCAUCACAAGCAGCAGCACCACCAGUCCAGCAGUAGAUAAUAUCAUGCCUGGUACUAGUGUUAUUUCUUCUGACCUUGAACAGAUGUCCAGCCGAGCUGUUAGAAGGAGGAGAGAAAACAGUCCGAGUUGUCAGCUGAGCAGCCCACCUAUUAAGCUAAAAAGAACAAUCACUAGCAAAAUUGGAGGAGCUGCUAAUACUGCCAGUGUGCAGAAAAAGAGUAAGCCACCUACUAAGCGCCGUCUGUUUAGUAACCCCAUACCCACAAACACAACCACCAGUACAAACAUAGCUGUAACAACUUCCAAGUUCUACAGCAAAGGCCGUGCAAUGACUGCACACGGUUUAUGGCCUGUUAAUCCACACAGACAGCCAAAAAUGGAGGUCUUACAUUUGGAGAAUUCUGCUGACAUUGCCACAGCAAGCAACAGUACUUCCAAUUCUAUUGCCAGUGCCACUAACACAACAUUUGCUGCAAGCUCUUCCAUUUCUGAGAGUAUCAGUAUAUAUUCUAAUGAGGGAACUCAUUUGGGGGAAGUAGACAUUCAGCAGCCUGACUAUGGACGUGAGUGUAGCAGUAAAUCACCCCUACUUUAUUCGUCACCGUCACCGUCACCACAAAUGUCACCUCUAAUGGACUCUCCAUCCUCUCCAAUUUUAAUAUUGGAGUCUCCUGCCCUUGUAUCUAAAAGUUAUGCUACUGGUGUCACCAUUCAGGGUAGGCCUCCAAAGCCUGACAUUUCCACCAAGCCCACCAUUCCCUCUAUCUUUAUGCCCCCUGUGGUCAAGUCACAGUCCACAGCAGGGAACAUCACGCAAACAGCUGUCCCAGCACAGCAGGUUGCUAAAACCUCAGAAGAGCAAUCCUCAGCACCUGCGUCCAGUGGCUCUUCCACUCGCCGUUCCCAAAUAUGGAACCAUUUUGUAGCAAAUGGUGAUGGUCGCAUAGCCAAAUGUAAGCUGUGCAGUCGGGAGGUGAGCCGUGGGCAAAAGAUAGGACAUCUAACAAAUGCAGGCAUGAAUCAGCAUAUGCGCUCUCACCACAAACCUGUGCUACUAAGGGAGGAACAUGGUGUGGCUUCUACUCCAUGCACCACUAGGGGAAGUUCAGCUUUGGAUGUUGCUAUCAGUACUACCCAGGCUAAGGCACAGAUUUCUCAUGCCACUUCUGUCACAGCAUCAUCAUCAUCAAGUCAUAUGUCACAUACCCGCCAUUCCACUUACACACAGGCGACUCUUGAACAAGUUGGUACCUUUCAUUCAAAAGUCCUGUCCCGCCAGCAGUCCCGUAAAGUUACCAGAUUGAUAGCACAGCUCAUAGCAGUUGGAGGGGCUCCUUUUAAUUUGGUUGAAGGGGAGCCCUUUAAACAACUUAUGCAAGCUUUGGCCCCCGGCUACAAAGUACCUUCUCGUACAACAUUUAGCCGUACUGUAAUACCAUCGCUUUACAGCUCAUGUGUUGGAGUGUUGAAGGAGGAGCUGGCAAAGGCUCCUGGGCAGUUGGUGCACUUUACAACAGAUAUAUGGAGUGCUCCAAGUGGCCAGCAUGCCUUUUUGUCCCUGACGGCACAUUGGUGGCAACCUAAGGUGCCGCAAGACAUUGCAUGUUCUGGGCCAAGAGGCUCAGCCACCUUAGCCAAGCAAGGGCACCGUUCCUUCCUUCUCCAUGCUGAGGUCAUGGAUGAGCAACACACUUCCCACAACAUUCUCCAAUCUCUGAAGAGGAUGGUGGCACAGUGGUUGGGAGAGCAGGCAGGUACUCAUGCAGAGAUGGGCUUUGUCGUUACAGAUGGUGGGGCAAAUAUGCUUAAAGCUGUAAGGGAUGGAAAAUAUGUGAGUGUGCGCUGCUCAGCCCAUUUGCUAAAUCUUGUGGUGAAAGAUGCCCUUUCUGAGGACAACACAUCUGGAAAGCUGGCCACACUACUUGACUCAUGUCGCAAGAUUGCAGCACACUUUCAUCGCAGUGUGAAAGAUAGCAAUAUCCUUAGAAAGGAGCAAAAAAAACAAGGGCUGAACGAGCACCGCCUCAAAAUUGAUGUUGUCACGAGAUGGAAUUCUACUUUGGAUAUGUUGGAACGCAUACUCGAACAGCAGAAGGCCCUUCAUGCAAUGUCAAACGAACAUUACAUUGGUAUUGACAGACCGCUUGCUAGGGAGGAUUGGGCAAUGAUUGCUCAGCUUGUGUCAGUACUCAAGCCUUUCAAGGCUGUCACGGAACAACUGAGCCAAGAAAGUGCCAGCAUAUCUGAAGUAGUACCACUCGUGACGUAUCUAGUAAAUAACAUCGAUGCUCUUCUGUCCUAUAAGGAGGUGUUGCCUGGGGGACAUGUGCCAGAAGUAAUGGCCCUGCUCAAGAGGUGUAAGGUUGAACUAAAUAGGCGGCUGAAAAACCUCACAGACUCAUGCCCUGAAGUUAUGUUGGCCACUCUUUGUGAUCCACGGAUGAAGGGCAAGAUGGCCCUGACAUCCAAUUCCCUGACCUUCUGGCGAGAUAAAUUGGUAGAGAGGGUCAGAGAGAAACAUUACAAAAUCUCCAGGCUUCGACGUGAGGAAGAGGACGAAGAAGCAGAGCUGGAGGAAAAUGAAUCUGUGUCUCUGUCCAGCAGCCAUAGCAAUAGUGCAACCACUCCUCAGUCUACCUCUGUUUUAGUUCGGGCACUAGGCAGCGUAGUGGGACCCAUCAGACUUCCCUCCCAUAAAAAAAUUGGUGUGCAGGACAUGGUAACUACAUACCUUGCAGAGGCCAUUUUACCCCCCACCGUAAAUCCUUUAGAAUUUUGGGAUGACAAAAGAGAUAUUUGGCCAGCUCUCUCUCAAGUAGCCCAGGAACUCCUCUCAUGCCCACCAACCAGUGUUCAAAGUGAACGUGUUUUUUCUGUUACUGGGAACAUAUUGUGCCCCCAACGUUCUCAACUGGCCCCCCAGCUAAUGGAAAAACUUGCAUUCCUAAAAGUCAAUUUGCCCAAGCUGGAAUACCCAGUUCUCAGCUAUGAUACUGAAUAAAAGUCAAAAAUGUUUUUUCAUAUUUGUGUUCACUGUGUUACGUUACAUUUUUCCUAUUAUGUUUCCUUACACGUUUUUGAAGGAUUAACAUAAAGCGUUCUAACACAUUUACAGUCUAAACAAUGGAGUCUUAUGCCACAAAAAAACAAUAAAAAGUAAAAAAAAAAAAAAAAAUAUGUUUUAGUUUUGAAUACUUAUUACUUACAGUAGGCUGAAUAAAGACAAUAGUCCAUCUAGUUCAACCUUUGUAGGUGUAGUGUACGUGUGUUUAUAAUUAAUUCCCAUAUCCCUGUAUGUGUGUUCUUUAAGGCCCCGUACAGAUGACCGAACAUGUCUGCUGAAACUGGAAUGGUGGACCGUUUUCAUCGUACAUGUUUGCUCGUCUGUACGAGGCCUAAGAUAUAUACCCAAAACUCUUUUAAAAGUAUCCAUCAUUCUCCCCGCAGCCACCACUGGUUGUGGAAGUGUUCCACAUCCUUAUUGCCUUGAUAGUGAAACCCCCCCUGCAAAGUUUAAGUUUAAAAUGCUUCUCCUCUCAUUGUAUGACUCUGUGUCCUAUUACAGUCUAUGAGACUUUUUUUUUUUUUCCUAUGCUGGGAUCCCCAUUGAGGUAUUUGUAGAUCGUUAUCAUGGCCCCUCCUCUCAAUCGUCGCUUCUCCAACGAGAAUAAAUGUAGUGUUUGCAUUAAACCUGCAGUACCAGUACUCUGGUGGUGCAGCUGCACAGAUAUUGUUCUAUGAGGUGAGCGGUUCUCACUUCUAAUUUUACAUCAGCAUGAUUGACAACUUAGCAGUGGUGGACUGGUGGUGCUCAAUAACUUUUUUUUUUUAAAUAAAUUAAAAAUAACACAGACAUCAGAAGUCCAUGCAUGGGCUAGUAAAUAGUUACUGUCUCGACUCCCACUGCUCCCUCCCACUACAUCAGAAAAAACGUUACUUUGUGUCACCUUGAACUGGACCUGUGGCAUUGUGAUGACAGCCUGCUGCUAUGUGCUGCCAUAAUGUCAAACAACCACAUGACAUCACAUUAGCUGGCCACAGAUUGGGGCACUCCUGAAAAUCACACUCCAGUCCAUAGCAAGACCGGAAAAGCUUACCCCUCUGGAUUCUACCAUAAAAGGUAAUUAACUUUCUCAUUGCCAACUUACUGUCUUGUCAAUCAUUGAAUAUACACUUUUUGUUUAUUACCACUUUCCUAUUUUAUCUCUUUCUGUCCACCAUUUCCUCUUAUGGAUCCAGCUCUUUCCCUCGCCAAACACUGUGUCCACUAUGUAUGUAACACUCUCUUUUCUUCUUCUCACUUUCUCUCAACCAUAUCCCUUGAUGUAGCAAACAAACUAUCUCUCUCUCUCGCUUUCCCAGUAAAGUGAAAGUUAUCCCUGGCACAGAUGUCCAACGAUAAAGGCUCUCUGUUAAGGAAAAAUGAAAAGGUACUUACCAGAAUGGGCAGAUGAUCGACUAGGGCUCGGGAGAGAGAGGAACCCUGGCAUGCAGACGAUGCACCUGGCCAACAAAGCAAAACAUCUAUUGUGCGCAAACGCAGACAGCCGGGGCGUGGAGGAAAACGGGUGUCUCUCCUGCCCCAUGAGGCAGACCUUUUAUCGGGGAUAGGGGAGGAUGAGAUCACCCAGCUCCAGGCUCAUCAAGAUCGUAUCAAGGCCCAGCGCCGCCAGAAGCGGAGGGCGGAGGAGCUGGAGUCCUCCUCUUCAUCACCAAGAAGUGCCAUCCAGUCAGAGGGGGAGACACAGGAGGAGGAGGCUGAGGCGGCAACGCCCACAUAUCGUAUCAAGGCCCAGCGCCGCCAGAAGCGGAGGGCGGAGGAGCUGG